GUGCAGAGCCGUCUGGCGGGCAUCGAGGAGCGCUACAAGGAGGUGGUGGAACUGACGCGGCUCAGGAAGCAGGCGCUGCAGGACGCGCUCGCUCUCUACCGGAUGCUGAGCGAGGCCAGCGCCUGCGAGGUGUGGAUCGACGAGAAGGAGCAGUGGCUCAACAGCAUGGACAUCCCCGAGAAGCUGGAGGACCUGGAGGUGGUGCAGCACCGGUUUGAGAGUUUGGAGCCGGAGAUGAACAACCAGGCGUCUCGAGUUGCCGUGGUGAACCAGGUUGCCCGGCAACUGAUCCACAGCGUACACCCCAGUGAGAGGGAGAUCAAAGCCAAGCAGGACAAACUCAACACCAGGUGGAGCGCGUUCAGGGACCUGGUGGAUCUGAAGAAGGACAGCCUGAGCUCGGCUCUGGGCGUCCAGAACUAUCACCUGGAGUGCAACGAGACCAAGUCCUGGAUCAAGGAGAAGACCAAGUUGAUCGAGUCGACCCAGGAGCUGGGGAACGACCUGGCGGGCGUCAUGGCGCUGCAGAGGAAGCUGACGGGGAUGGAGAGGGACCUCGCCGCCAUCGAGGACAAACUGGGGGACCUGGGGAAGGAGGCGGAGCGACUGGCCUCCGAACACCCGGAGCAGUCUGAGGCCAUCAAGGGCCGCCUGGACGGCAUCACCAGCGUCUGGGGCGAGAUGAAGGACACCAUGAAGAACCGCGAGGAGUCCCUGGGCGAGGCCAGCAAGCUGCAGCAGUUCCUGCGCGACGUGGACGACUUCCAGUCCUGGCUGUCCCGCACGCAGACGGCCAUCGCCUCCGAGGACAUGCCCAACACGCUGACCGAGGCCGAGAAGCUGCUGACUCAGCACGAGAACAUCAAGAACGAGAUCCGCAACUACGAGGAGGACUACCAGAAGAUGCGGGACAUGGGCGAGAUGGUGACGCAGGGCCAGACGGACGCGCAGCACAUGUUCCUGCGGCAGAGGCUGCAGGCGCUCGACACCGGCUGGAACGAGCUGCACAAGAUGUGGGAGAACCGGCAGAACCUGCUGUCCCAGAGCCACGCCUACCAGCUGUUCCUCAGGGACACCAAGCAGGCCGAGGCCUUCCUCAACAACCAGGAGUACGUGCUGGCCCACACGGAGAUGCCCACCACGCUGGAGGGCGCCGAGGCGGCCAUCAAGAAGCAGGAGGACUUCAUGACCACGCUGGACGCCAACGAGGAGAAGAUCAGCGGCGUGCUCGACACCGGGCGCCGCCUGGUUGCCGACGGCAACAUCAACGGCGAGCGCAUCCAGGAGAAAGUGGACUCCAUCGGCGACAGGUGA